UUCAGAGUGCAACACGGAUACAUGCGGGUUUUAGUUUCGGAAGACGUUUCGAUCUGAAAGAUGUUUCCAGUGUUAAUAUGAAAAUCCUCCCAGUUGUUACUUUCUCGUGUGUAUUUGUCUUCGUACUCGUGUGUCGGAAAUGUCCGUGAACGCAUCACAGCCCCAGCUGAUCCGGCUGAUCCACCGACACCUGAAGGAGCAUGGUUUCCCUUCAGCUGCAGAGGAGCUGGAGAAGCACAGCACACAGGGGAAUACAGACGAAUCUGAGUCGUUACUGGACAUCUACAGUUUGUGGUUAAAUGACUCAAUAAAGAAAAAGAAGUCUGCCUCAGCCAAGCGCUCCAAAUCUCAAGAUCAAGGAGGGACUCCCACCAAAGCAAAGAAAAAGAGAGAGAAACUGGUGACGAAAACAGAGCCGCCCAAAAAGGCCGUGCCAGUGAAAAGAAAAAAAAGUGAAGGAAAGUCUGUUGAGAGUGAUGUCAAGGCAAAGAAAUCAAAGACGCAAACCAAGGACAAAGUCGUGUCGGCUGGUGGAGACGAUUCAGACUCUGACAGCAGCCUGGACGAAGAGAAAUGGAAGAAACUGGUGCAGCAGUUGACAGAGACUGACAUAGCCAAGAUGGACACCAUCAACUCUCUGGAUUCCUCUGCACCACAACCCAAGCAAAAGAGAGUCAGAAAACCCCGGACGAAGCCGCCUACAAAAACCAACACUCCCACUCUCACACAGAAUGACGGGACAGUUGAAAAGAAUGAAAUAGAGACGCCAACAAAUAACAAGAAGAAGAGCAUUCUAAAGAAAAAGAUGGCACCUGCUGCCUCCUCCCUCGCCCUGAGCCAAGAGCAAAGCCUCAACGCUGCUGAGGACACACCGACUCCAUCCAGCGUCUCUCCUUCAAAACAGACGCCAACGAAAGAGAAACCGAAAGUCAUCGAAGACGAUGAGACAGCGUCUGAGCCCAGAAAGAAGAAAAAGAAGAAGAAGAAAGAGAUGAAUGAGGAGAGGGUGGAAGGGAAUGCAAUUGACACUGGAGGAGACACAGAGCAAGAAUGUGUUGGUAAAUCUGUGGAGGAAAAGAAGAAGACAAAGGGGAAGGAGGCAGAGGAUGAAGAGGAAGUAAUAGAGAAAAAGACAAAUGGGUAUGCUGUUGAAGAGGACAUUUCGGAGCGACCAGAACAAGUAAAGAAACCCAAGAAAAAGAAAAAGGAGAAAACUGAUACUGAGGAACAGCCAGAGCAAACCGCCGAAAACAAAAAAGUGAAGAAGAAGAAAAAGACACCUGAGGAAAAUCCAGAGUUGGCAGAUGAAGAAGUAAAAGAAAAAACAGAGCAGACUGUUGAAAAGAAGAAAGAAAAGAAGAAGAAGAAGACAGUGGACAGUAAGGAACAGUCAGAGAAAAAAGUGGAAGAAGAUAAAGAAACUACAGAGCAGAUCACGGAAGAGAAGGAGGCAAAAAAGAAGAAAGAUGUGGUUGUCAAUGGUGAAGACAAUUCAGAGCAAAUAGUUAACAAGAAGAAAGAGAGGAAGAAGAAAAAGGGAAAUCCAGAGCAAAUAGUUGAAGAAACGAAAAAGAAGAAAAAGAAUAAAGCUGAUCAUAUUGAAGUGUCGGAGCAGAUUGCUGAAGAAAAUAAAACGAUAACGAAAAGCGAGAGCUUUGACGGAGGGGAAACGCCAGAGCCGAUAACUACAGUGAAGAAGAAGAAGAAGAAAAGGGACUCAUCAUUGGAAAAUAAUUCUGCUGAUGCAGUUCCACUACCUCAACCCGUCUUAGAGACACCCAGUCCUCCAACAGAGAAGAAGAGAAAGAAAAGCAAGUUGAAAUCACCCGAUGUCCUAGAGACGCCUGCAGCUUCAGUCCUAGACACGACAACAAUAGAAACACCCUUCAGUGACUCCCACAAAAAGAAAAAGAAAUCCUCCAAGAACACCGAGUCAUGAAGACGUUCUUUCUGCAUCAGUGUGCAACUACAGAAUAAAGUCAACACAUCCUUACCACCCAGUUACCAUUCAUGUUUAAUGGUUACAAUGAUCACUUUAAAACGGAAAGAUGGAUCACACUUUUUAUUUUUUUUAUUUGGGUAACUUUUUUAUUUGAUUUGAAGUUUUUACUACACAAAAUGUGGCAUGUUGUGUUAUAGAUGUCUGUUGUUUUUUUUUUAAUGUGUUUUGCAUUGUGAUUCCCAUUUUAAUGCCUUAAAUAUGUAGAAGGGGAUUGUAACUGUUUAAUUGAAUGGAUGAUCCCUCCCUGGAUAAUUGUGAUAUUCAUUCACAUUGAACCGAGUCGUAUCUUUUGAAUCUCCUUCAGUCCACCAUGUUAAACUAAUCUGAACUAGAGGGGCACUCAGAAAGGGGAGAUUUUUACAAAAAAUAAAAUGGAAAUUGUGUUAAAAGCAUAUUUUGGAUGAAAGUUGAAUGUUCUUUUUAAAGAUUUUUUUAACUGUUUGAUAAAGCUUUCAUAUGUACUCUGUAAAUUAUGCUUUAAUACAAAUUAAACGCUAUCGUUUUUGUAA